UGAAGUUAGAUUUCUGGGUACUAAUUUGAUUAAAUAGAUAAUUUCUGACACCCCUCGUCAUUGAUUUUAGACUCUGCUAAUUGACGUAAUUCGGUAUGAUUUGGAUUCUCGUUACUUAUUGAUGCCGUUUAUUGCAGCAUAAUUUCAGCUCAUCGCAGACUUCUGUAAAAGACUUAGUUAUCUACACAGCAUGGGGACGUGCAUUUCAUCAAAAUUAUGGCCAAAAAAUACGCUGCAUUUCUACAAACACUGCUUUUUCUUGUAGUCAUUUUUGACUUGAGUACACAACAGGACGAGGAGUGCGAUGGCUAUUACAAAAAACCAAUGUACUGCUAUGAGUGCCAAGAUUCUUCAAAUGACCCUAACAACUGCUCUGACCCAUUCAAUGCCACUCUGCUAGCAAAAAAUGUCUCCAUUUGUGAGGGUCACUGUGUAAAGUGGGUCAGGAAUUCAAGCCCAGGUGUGAUGACCUACACACGCACCUGCUCUACCAACUUAAGAAUCAAGUUGAUGAUUAACAUUGUCUGCAUGGAAGAGUCGAGGCCUCGCUCCGGAGAAAUAUGCUUCUGUAAGGACUCGAGAUGUAAUGUUUCUUCUGGAACACAGUUUUCAAUACUGGUUUUACUGUGUGGAAUAUUGCUAAUCAAGGAGUGGACCUGAAGAAAAGACACCAUGGAAUCAAGCAAUGAUGGCCAAAAUCACAGAACUGCAAUGGUGUGAUUUCAAUAGUUCUUUGGAGAUGUUUUAUCGUACAAUCAAAAAAACUAUAUAUACCCCACUUUGCACCUUAUCUACAAUAUGAUGUCUGCAUGCCAACAUACCAAAACUGUGCAAAAAGAACGCACAUACAAGUGAUGGACAUUUAACGAAUUCUCAAUAUUUUGUGAGUACUGCACAUUGGAUUUUAAAAUGGAUUUGUGUUGAAACAUUGCUGCAAUCGUGUAUUUGAAAGUGAGAAAUAGACUUUAAGCAAGGAGUUUGUGGUAUUUAUGAUUUUUUUUAAUAUCACGUGACAUUAUUUCCCAUGCAGUGUCGUGCUUCCGAGGAUAUAUGCAAAUAUUAUAUUACACAAAUGUACAUGAUAUUUGUCUCUUUUUUGCACCUGUAGUGUUCACUUGGGAUUGAGAAGAAUUCCAAAUGUCUCAUCCUAAGUCAUGCAGCAGUUUAAAAAGAACUGUAAAUAGAUUAAAAACGCAUUCUGAUACGAGUUAAAAUCUCUCAUCUGAUCUUGAUAAUUCUGUAAUCAUGUUCAACUCGAAAAUUAUUGCAUAAAAUUGUCUUUGGAUAUACAAUCAUUCGUUAACUUUAACUUAACUUUUUAUUGGAAAUUC